GAACAUAGCAAGGUUUAUCUUACCCUUUUUCUAAGAUCUAUUGAAUUUCGACAUUCAGCGUAUAAAAGUAAAAUAUCCUUACUGCAUAUUUUUAAGUUUAAUCUAUUCUGUGCUACUACUUAGAUUAUUACGUUUCACAGCUUACACUAGCUUAAGAGUUGUAGAUUUCUUUUUUAAUUAUAAAUCAAAAAUAGUGAACCAGAUACGAGAUAUAUAUAUAAUAACAUUAAUAUCUAUCUAAAAACAUUUAUUUUUAUAUAAAAAUAAUAUACAACAUGAAACUAGUCAAAUCCAAUCUGUAAUGUUUUGAUGAUAACCGAGAAUAUUGUCGAUCGUUUCCAAAAUAAAACAACAAAUCCCCGAGUUCCUGAUCGUCGUACCUACAAUAAUAACAGCGUAAUCCUACUUAAAUACGCUACGACAACUUAUAAUAGAUAACAGUACACUUUUCUUAUAUAAAAAUUAAAUUAAGAAUUAUCUAAAUGAUGGCAAGGAAACGACGUAGUACAACAGAAAUAAAUACAGCUGAAAAUGCUUCGGUUCCAAAACGCCGUUAUACUAGUGCACAAAGAACUCCUCUUGAAGAAAUGAUGGUUUUUAAUCAUAAAAAAUGUCUUUCCUGGUAUCAUAAAUAUACAAACGGUUCCGGUGAACUAGGACCGGAAGGCAUGGAAAAAUUUUGUAUGGACAUUGGGGUUGACCCAGAAGAUUUAGUAAUGCUUGUUUUGGCUUGGAAAAUGAAUGCUAAAUCAAUGGGAUAUUUCUCAAGUGCUGAAUGGUCAAAGGGUCUUACAGAAUUGCAGUGUGAUUCAGUUAGAAAACUUCAAAGUAAAUUGGAAUCUUUGAGGUUGUAUUUUAAUGAUCCAUUGGCGUUCAAAAGUAUUUAUAGAUAUGCAUAUGACUUUGCAAGAGAUAAAGAUCAACGAAGUAUGGACAUAGAAACGGCAAAGUUAAUGCUAAAUUUAUUACUUGGAAAACAAUGGAAACUUUACCCUUUAUUUGCUAAAUUUAUCGAUCAAUCCAAGUAUAGAGUUAUUAAUAAAGACCAAUGGUGCAAUAUAUUAGAAUUUUCACGAUCUAUCACUACAGAUCUGGCAAAUUAUGACAUAGACGGAGCAUGGCCUGUUAUGUUAGAUGAGUUUGUGGACUGGAUAAAAAAUAGUAACAGCUGAAAUUAUGAAGACAAUUCUCACCAACCAGGAUUAGUUACUGGAACAAUAUAAGUUAAAUACCAUUAAAUAAAACUGAUUCGAUCUCUUGUAUGCUUUUCCAAUUUCCAUUUAAAUAAAUUCAUUUUUAAUUUCAAUUAAUAUUUCAAAAAUGCAGUACAUAUACAAAUCACUUUUUUGCAAGUCUUCUAUUAAAAAUAUUUUUUAUAUAUAUUUAUAUAGUAUAUUAAUAUGAAUAAUUAUAAUAAAAUCAUUCACACCGAUUU